CGGACGGGCGGGCGGGCGCGCGGGCGGGGACUCGGCGCGGGAGCCCUCCCGGCCGGCGGCGGCGGCCCCUCCCCGAGGCCCAGGACCCCAGGACCCCGGGCGGCGGCGGCGGCCCGCCUUGCUGCCCCCGGAACCAUGAGCGAGGCCCGCAGGGACAGCACGAGCAGCCUGCAGCGCAAGAAGCCCCCCUGGCUGAAGCUGGACAUCCCAGCCGUGGUGCCGGCGGCGGCGGCUGUGGCGGCCGAGGAUCCCGGCUCCCUGCCGGCCGGCCCUGGCCAGCAUGGGCUGUGGGUCCAUCCGGCCCAGCCCGCUCACCACGACCCCGUCACCCAGCCCCCGAGACGCCAGGCUUUCUUGCGGAGCGUGAGCAUGCCGGCUGAGACCGCCCACGUCCCUUCGCCUUACCACGAGCCCCCGCGGCCGGUGCUGCAUCGGCAGACAUCCAUCACGCAGACCAUCCGCAGCCGACAGGUGCGCUUUGGGCGUGUCCACACGCUGCCCCUCUUGGGCUCCCCUGCAGCCCGCAGGGCCCUCCCUCAGCGCCGGUCCCUCUCGCGGUCCCUGCUCAGGGGCACCGCGGACUGGUUCGGAGUGAGCAAGGACAGUGACAGCACCCAGAAGUGGCAGCGCAAGAGCAUCCGCCACUGCAGCCAGCGCUACGGGAAGCUGAAGCCCCAGGUCAUCCGGGAGCUGGACCUGCCCAGCCAGGACAACGUGUCGCUCACCAGCACGGAGACGCCCCCGCCGCUGUAUGUGGGGCCAUGCCAGCUGGGCAUGCAGAAGAUCAUAGACCCCCUGGCCCGGGGCCGGGCCUUCCGCAUGGCGGAUGACACCGCGGACGGCCUGAGCACCCCGCACACGCCCGUCACCCCCGGCGCCGCCUCCCUCUGCUCCUUCUCCAGCUCCCGCUCAGGCUUCAACCGGCUCCCGCGGAGGCGCAAGCGUGAGUCUGUGGCCAAGAUGAGCUUCCGCGCGGCCGCGGCGCUGGUGAAGGGGCGCUCCGGGCGGGACGGCACCCUGCGCCGGGCGCAGCGCCGCAGCUUCACCCCCGCCAGCUUCCUGGAGGAGGACACGGCGGACUUCCCCGAGGAGCUGGACACGUCCUUCUUCGCCCGGGAAGGUGUCCUCCACGAGGAGCUGUCCACGUACCCAGACGAGGUGUUCGAGUCCCCCUCGGAGGCGGCGCUCAAGGACUGGGAGAAGGCGCCGGACCAGGCGGACCUCACGGGCGGCGCCCUGGACCGCUCGGAGCUGGAGCGCAGCCACCUGAUGAUGCCCCUGGAGCGCGGCUGGCGGAAGCAGAAGGAGGGCGCGGCGGCCCCGCAGCCCAAGGUGCGGCUGCGGCAGGAGGUGGUGAGCGCCGCGGGGCAGCGGCGCGGCCAGCGCAUCGCCAUGCCGGUGCGCAGGUUCUUCGCCCGGGAGAAGCGGCCGUACGGGCUGGGCAUGGUGGGCCGCCUCACCAACCGCACCUACCGCAAGCGCAUCGACAGCUACGUCAAGCGCCAGAUCGAGGACAUGGAUGACCACAGGCCCUUCUUCACCUACUGGCUCACCUUCGUGCACUCACUCGUCACCAUCCUCGCCGUGUGCAUCUACGGCAUCGCGCCCGUGGGCUUCUCGCAGCACGAGACCGUGGACUCGGUGCUGCGGAACCGCGGGGUCUAUGAGAACGUCAAGUAUGUGCAGCAGGAGAACUUCUGGAUCGGGCCCAGCUCGGAGGCGCUCAUCCACCUGGGCGCCAAGUUCUCGCCCUGCAUGCGCCAGGACCCGCAGGUGGACAGCCUCAUCCGCGCCGCCCGGGAGCGCGAGAAGCACUCGGCCUGCUGCGUGCGCAACGACCGGUCGGGCUGCGUGCAGACGUCGGAGGAGGAGUGCUCGUCCACGCUGGCGGUGUGGGUGAAGUGGCCCUCUCAUCCCAGCGCUCCCGACCUGGCGGGCCACAAGAGGCAGUUUGGCUCUGUCUGUCACCAGGACCCCAGGGUGUGUGAUGAGCCCUCCUCCGAGGACCCCCAUGAGUGGCCAGAUGACAUCACCAAGUGGCCGAUCUGCACCAAAAGCAGCGCCGGGAACCACACCAACCACCCCCACAUGGACUGCGCCAUCACGGGCCGGCCCUGCUGCAUCGGCACCAAGGGCAGGUGUGAGAUCACCUCCCGGGAGUACUGUGACUUCAUGAGGGGCUACUUCCACGAGGAGGCCACGCUCUGCUCUCAGGUGCACUGCAUGGAUGACGUGUGCGGGCUCCUGCCCUUCCUCAACCCCGAGGUGCCCGACCAGUUCUACCGCCUGUGGCUGUCCCUCUUCUUGCACGCUGGCAUCCUGCACUGCCUGGUGUCCGUCUGCUUCCAGAUGACCGUCCUGCGGGACCUGGAGAAGCUGGCAGGCUGGCACCGCAUAGCCAUCAUCUACCUGCUGAGUGGCGUCACUGGGAACCUGGCCAGUGCCAUUUUCCUGCCGUACCGGGCAGAGGUAAGGCCGCCCCGGGACCCGGCCCCGGAGCGUCUCCGCUCGGCUCCUCAGUCCUGCUUCGCUCCGGGCCGUGAGGCGGGGCGGCGGUGGGUCCAGGGGUCCUGCUCAGCACCCCCUCCCCCCCAGGUGGGCCCGGCCGGCUCGCAGUUUGGCAUCCUGGCCUGCCUCUUCGUGGAGCUCUUCCAGAGCUGGCAGAUCCUGGCGCGGCCCUGGCGCGCCUUCUUCAAGCUGCUGGCGGUGGUGCUCUUCCUCUUCACCUUCGGGCUGCUGCCCUGGAUCGACAACUUCGCCCACAUCUCGGGCUUCAUCAGCGGCCUCUUCCUCUCCUUCGCCUUCCUGCCCUACAUCAGCUUCGGCAGGUUCGACCUGUACCGGAAGCGCUGCCAGAUCAUCGUCUUCCAGGUGGUGUUCCUGGGCCUGCUGGCCGGCCUGGUGGUCCUCUUCUACUUCUACCCGGUGCGCUGCGAGUGGUGCGAGUUCCUCACCUGCAUCCCCUUCACCGACAAGUUCUGCGAGAAGUACGAGCUGGACGCCCAGCUCCACUGAGCGGGGUGCGGGGGCCGGGCCUCCAGCGGGCUGGAGCCAGGCAGACCGUCUGCAGGCUCCGGGACGCCCCGCCGAGUCCUGGACGCAGACCGUGGAUCCUCUCUUACUUC